AAUACUCUGAAAAAAUAUUAAUGAAUAAAAUAUAUCAACAAGUGGAAUUCGCUGUGUAUUUAUUGUUGCUGAGAGGUCGACUGAACAGGCUUGGCGGAUCGAUUAUUACUGUUUUAAAGUAUAAUUCCAACCAGCCUUCACCGUUUGUACCGACAAAUCGAGUAGUAUGACUCAACGACAGGUCAAGCGCUUUUUAUUUUCAAAUUUUACGACUCAGUAGAGAUGCGAUAAAUUCUUUUUAUUGACGGGGAAAAUUCCUCUGACCUGACGAUGAAUUAUAUUAAUGAAAAAUAAGGAGUCAAACACACAACAAAAACUGAAAUAAUAAUAUCGAGAAGAUAAUCGAUCCUUUAGCAGAAUGAAAGGAAUCGCAAAUAUCGAUUCACUUACGUCAUCUUUACUUGUCACUGUUAGACGUAAUCAAAACUUUCAUUUUUUCGUUACAUUAUAAUUUAAAAUACUCUAGAAAGAGAGAAACAGAAUAUAGAAGACCAUGGCUCCAAUAGGAAUAGAGGAUGAUAUUUAUGCUGGAUAUAAUGAUUAUCCGUCGGUGUAUAAUAUCAAGGAACUCGAGGAGGAUGAGCUUUUUCAGGAGGUUGUUAAGACAAGCUAUGCGAAAAGAUCAAUAUUUACUCCAAAAACACCGGGUAGCGCGAUGCGAUUUGGGACCGCAAGCAAAUUCCAGAGAGGCGGUACUACUACAUCUAUGCAGCCUAUGACUGCUGGGCUUAGGCCUAUGACGGCAGUCAGAAGUGCUGGGUAUACUAGCAGUAGCAGACAAGCUUUUGAUCCUCUUAAUAUGAGUAGCAGUGCUAAAGUUCCUGCACCACCAUUGGAAACUAAUAAAGAAGACACGCCAGAAGAAAAAAUAAAAGCAACAGAAAGGAAGAUCAUGAAUCUGAUAGAAAGCUCUGCCGUGUCAGCUUCAGAAAACAACAUGAGGAUUGCUUUAGAACGCGCGCGUGAAGCUUCCUCGAGAGAAAGAGCUCUUAUACGAUUACAGGAACAGGCUGGUCUCAGUGAUAAUCAUAACAUAGAUUUGACGUUUGCUGUGUUAUUUAACUUAGCGAUUCAAUAUACGAACAAUGAAAUGUAUACAGAGGCUGUAGCAACUUAUCAGGCCAUAACAAGGAACAGAAUGUUUAGCAAUAGUGCCAGGCUCAAAGUUAACAUGGGUAAUAUUUACGUGAAAAUGGGACAACUAUCUCAGGCUAUUAAAAUGUAUAGGAUGGCAUUCGAUCAAGCCCCAACAGUCCAUAAAGAUCUAAGAAUAAAAAUAAUGCAUAACAUGGCGAUGUUAUUCGUACAAAUGGGUCGAUUAGAAGAAGCAGCUAACAGUUUUGAAUGGGUGAUGAGAGAAAGAUCGGAAUUUAAAGCGGGUUUGCAUGCCGUUUUAUGUCAUUUCGCGUUAUCUCAUCGUGAUAAGAUGAAAAGAGCUUUUUUUGAAUUGCUAGAGGUACAACUUAACGUAGAUCAAGAAGACAAAUACAGUAUAAAUCCCGAUGACGCUGCAUCUAAUAUAUUGAAUGAAGUUAUAAAAAAUGACGAAUUGUCAAAGCUAGAAAAGGAAAUGAAGCUGGAAGCUGAGAAGACUAUACUCUGUGCAGCGAAACUUAUAGCACCUGUUAUUGAAGAUACACUUACAGCUGGAUUUGCUUGGUGUGUUGAUGCCAUAAAAUCCUCGACGUACAGUUUCUUAGCUGCUGAUUUAGAAAUAAACAAAGCCAUGGUAUUUUUGCUUAAUCGAGACACUCAACUGGCUAUAGAUACAUUAAAAAUAUUUGAAAAUCGCGACACUAAAGCUAACAGUGCAGCAGCAACUAUGCUUUCAUUCAUUUACUAUUUGCAAGGAGAUUACGAUCAAGCUGAGAAAUAUGGUGAAGCAGCUCGUAAUGCCGAUGCUUAUAAUGCGGCAGCAUAUGUUAAUUUAUCCGCUUGUGCGAUUAAAAAAGAUGAAUUUAAUAUUGCUAGGGAGUUGCUAUUAUGCGCGUUAGAAACAGAUGCUAGUCAUGUACAGGCUUUGUACAAUUUAGGUUUAGUUUACAAAAAACAGAACAUGUACGAAGAAGCUUUAGAGUGCUUUUGGAAAGUUCGUAACAUUGUUAGACAUGAUCCUGAAACGUUAUAUCAGAUCGGUCAUUUAUAUCAGCUGAUGAAUGAUGCCGACCAAGCGUCCGAAUGGUAUAAUCAGUUGUUAGGUAUAAUAUCAUCUGAUCCUGGAGUUUUGCAAAAGUUAGGAGAAAUGUAUGAUUCAAUGGGAGAUAAGCAGCAGGCAUUUCAAUUUUAUAGCGACUCUCACAGAUAUUUUCCUGCUAAUUUUGAAGUGAUAGAUUGGUUGGGAUCUUAUUUCAUAUCGAUGCAGCUUGCUGAAAAGGCCUUAACGUAUUUCGAAAAAGCAGUAGAACUUGCACCAGAUGAACCCAGAUGGAGAUUACUGGUUGCCGCGUGCUUAAGACGCACUGGUCAAUUUCAUAAAGCUCUCACGGAGUAUCAAGAUAUUCACAAUAGAUUUCCAGAUAACAUAGAAUGCCUGAAAUUUUUAGUUAGGCUAUGUAGUGACCUGGGUUUGAAAGAAGCACAGACGUAUGCAGCUGAAUUGAAGAAAGCUGAGAAAGCUAAAGAAUUAAAAGAUAGACAAGGGUCAGCAAGGCCAGGCACGACAGGAUCUAGAAAAAGUAACAGCGGGACAUCAUCGCGGGCUGGUUCAGGAUUGAGUGUAAUGUCAGAUCGCAGGCCAAGUCCAGAUCGACGAGCAAUUACAGAUCGGAAUGAUUAUCAAGGUUCGAAUUACAUAGAUCCUAUAGGACCUCUCCCGACACGUCCAAUGACAGCGGCUGGAAAACGGGACGACGAUUUUGGUGACGAGGAACUUGGAGAUGAUCUCCUGCCCGAAUAA